CGUGCUGUCCGGAGCUCCGCGGGCGUUUGCGGCGAGAACAGACGGAGGAAAUACCGGAUGAAUGGCCCUCCUGCCGGGAUGGGGGCCCCGGGUCCCCGCGGGGCUCCGGACCUCGCGGACGCGCCCCUCAGCGUGCGGCGCGCCGGCCCGUUCGUGCGCGUGGCGGGGCGCGAGGCUCCCCCGGCCCUGGGCGCGCCGGGGCCCUCGGUCGCGGGGGCGAGCGGCAGCCCGGGCGGCGCCCCCGAGGACCGCGGGGCCGGGGAGGACGUGGACUGUGACUCCUGGGUCCGAGAGAAAGUGCUCUUUCUUCUGCACCCGGAGAGGUGGCUGGGGUCUCAGGGGGCCUCCGCGCGGGAAGAAGUGGCCGACGAGGAGGACCUUUUCAAAGCGGGAGGACAAGACCGGGAACCCAACUGCCCUUCGCCACCGUUUCCACGGGAAAAGCGAAUGUCUGGCAGCUGUGUAGACGCUGCCUCCCAAGCUCCGGGGGACCCACCCAAACCCCUCCUCGUGCGGGUCGUGGAUUAUGAGGUGACGCAAGAAGUCCUGCAGGUCGCGUGGGCGAAGGGCUGCAUGACCACGCUGACCGAGGAGCGCUCCGUGACCGCGCUCACUCUCCGCGCCCACAGGGAGUGAGGCCGGGUGCGGGGCGCCGGGACCCCUGGAGGUGCCCCGAGCUCUCGGCACAGAGAGGGACCGCCGUGUCCACGCCGCAGAGGGAGGAUCGUUUCACGGUCCCCCAGGACCUGGUUCCCGAGGGGAUCCAGUCGGGAAGAGGAGCCCGAGGAAGGUUCGGGGCUGGUGAAGGAGCGCGCAUCCUUAAGAAAAGAAAAUGCCCUUCCGGAAAUUCCAACUUGAAAUUAACCGACAGCAAGAACCUUUUAAGAGGCUGGCGCCGAGCUUCAAGGAGGCACACGACACCCAAUGCAGAUUGAAGAACUGUAAGCAACACAAUACCUCCUUAAAUACUGUGACGGUCUGGGGACCUUAGAAGAGGGGAAGAAAGAGUUUCCUGAUCCGAGCAGAACCCUGUCAUGGGAGGAAGCUGAGGAAUCUUUUCCCAGUUAAUCGUGUCCUGGGAGUGAAUCUGAAGGGAAGCGUGGGCAUCAAUACCAAGAAGUCUGUGAGAAUGGCUGGAUCUUGGCUCUGGUCUUACCUCCACCUGACCAAAAAUGUGAUCAUCUACAGUUGUCUGAUGUGGAUGAAUCACAGCAAGGACUUUGGAAGCCAGCUGACCACUCAAGUGACCAUAAGACACAUCACAGUCACAUAACUGCAGUAGAUCAGGCAAGUGUCAACCUCUCUUAACCUUUGUCCACCGCCUCCAUCACCUUGGAGAGCCAUUACAUUUGAUUUGCUGAUCUUAUUCUUGUUGGUCCUCACCAGCAUUUGAUGUGCCUUUUUGCUUUAAAAAAAAAAAAAGAAAGAAAAAAGGAGAAAGAGAAAAAGCUUUCUGUUAACAGAAAAUGUUACUCAUUGCAAAAAAAUUUGAGGAAAUGUUAUUUUGUGAGGAAAAAGAAUGGAAUAAAAGAACAUGAAAACUCACCGGUGACCCCAAAUCUCUUUUAGUAAUUGGUAUGUUUCCAGUCUGGUUUUACUUAUUUGAUUUGUUAAAGUGUAUAUACAUACAUAUAUACAUAAACUUUUCUGAGCAUAAACUAUAUACAAAAUCUGAGUAUUGUCUGUGUAUAAACUAACUUAUGUUCAAGGUGGCGUCUAUGAACCAGCAUCUUGGGCAUCUCCAAGAAUGGUUUGUUAAGAAGUGCAGAAUUCUGGGCCCCACUCCAAAUCUGUUGAAUCAGAAUUCAAAUUUUGACUAGAACCCUGGGUGAUUCACAUUAAAGUUUGAGAAGCAUUGACAUAUAUACUAUAUUUAAUUCUGUAUCCAGCUUUGUCACUUACAAAAACUAAAAAGUUUUUAUUUUUCUGUAUUUCUCAUUAAUUGUUAACAAUGCUGUGGAAAUAACACUUUGUAGAAUUAUGAAAACAUUUAGAGAUCACAGAAGAUUGAAAUAUACAUUGAUUUGUGAAUUGACAAAGAGAUCUCUAAAAAGCUGCUUAUUGUUUCUUUAAAGAGCCUUAUUAUUCUAAAGUUUUCCUAAUGAAAGAUUGAUUAGUUACUGGAGUUCAAACUAUUUCAGAAAUGUGGUUCUUUUAUUGUCUAAGAAUCCCCUUAAGGGAAGAAGGCAGGAAGUCAUUAAAGCCCGAUAACAACACUUACUGGCUGAGUCAGGACUCUCCAGCCACUUGUAAUAAGUUGCUAGGGGUGGAGGGAAAGGUAGGUGGAGCCUGAAUUUCAAUCAACUGAUUCAGAUAAGGAAACAAAGGCUGUGACUCUUGAAUACCCUGACAUCCUUAUAGCUCUGGUCAGUACUUUGCUCUGUAAUUAAGGAGGGCAAAUCUUUGUAACUUUGCUUCUGUAGAUGAAGAUAAGAAAACAAACAGUCGGGUUUGCUUUGGAAAGAGUAAAGAAUUAUAAUCAAUUAUUAGGCACAAUGUAGCUAAUAGUUAACAAAACAGACUUGGUUAGCUUCAAAGCAAGGAAUUAAUUGAUACUCAAACUCAGACUUGUAAGUAUAAGAAAGAAUAAGUAGUUUUAGGAGGCUGCAGCCCUCACAAAAAUAGGACAAACAGAGGCUAUUUAUUUAGAGCUUGUUAUAGAAAGGGAGUCCACCAGCAUCACUUGCUCUGGGCAGGGGAGCAAAGGAAGGCAGGGCAGUGUGAAAGCUUUACAGUGACCAAGAUGAUCUUAACUUUAUUCUCACCUCAGCUAAACUUUAGGUUUCUUCUUGACUACAGCUUCUGAGCUCAUUUUCCUUAGAGCAUUGCUUGAGAAAACUUGCAAUUGUAAAUUUCUUUCUCUGCCCCUUUGAGAUAUAAAUCUGCCAACCUCUUGCCAGUUUUAUAACCCAGAAACAGGUCUGUCCUUCUCAAGGAUCUGGAAGCCUUCCCUUUAAAAUGUAGUCUAGAAAGAUGGGGGCCCCUGACUCCUGGUCUCUGCAAGGAGGGGGUCAGAGUUGCUCAGAACCGUGAGUGUUAAAGCUGAUUUGUGUGCCUGUUGGAUCAUCCUGAGGCAUAUGUCUUCUAAAAAAUCUUGUGACCUUGAGCUUAUUUUGAAAGUCUGCUAGGUCCAUGGAAAAGUGGGUACAAUUGAAUAACCAGAAUUCAACUUACUUAGAAAAGGGAUAGGGAGGUAUAUGGGGCACCAGAUAAUUUUUACCAAAUCAAAAGAACUUGAAGGGAGGGCUUGUGAACACAGUCACCUUGUGUAAGGAUUCUCUGACCACUGAUGUCCAUGUUUCAGAAAGAAAUCCUUUGCAAGCCUAUGGACUUCCCAAGCCAGCCUCAAUAUUGACCCAGAUUCCUGAAGUUAUAGGUUUAAGCUUUACAAUCUUUUACAAUCUUUCCAUUCCAACAUAACUGGAAGGGAAAAUGGGCAAAUUUAGAAGUGAAAUAAUAAGUCAAAACAUGGGAGUAGAAGAAAGGAGGUUCUAUGACCUUUAUUCAGUGGCAGAGUUAUAUUCAGGCAAUGGGACGGGUUUGCCCCAAGAGUGAAAAAUAAGCAGUACAUCAUCUUCAGAGUCUUAAAAAUAAUGAUAAUGCUGGACUAAAAACCUGUCUCCUUUUUCAUCAUCACGGGCUUAGUAAUAAAAUACUUGUCUCUGAAAAAAAUCUAUUGUUGAUCUAAAUUCUAAAAAAUUCCUAUGAUUACUGUUUGAACUUUAAUAAUACAGAGGUAAGCCUCCAAUGAGCACAUUUUUAUUUUCCUUUAUUAUUUUUUUCUAUGUGGAAAAUAAUUUGAAGAACUCUCAGUGUUGCCUCCCCUGAAUCAGUCUCUUCCCCUCUCUCUUUCUCUGUCUCACAUACACACACACAGAAUGAGUCACAUGCAUUCAGAGAGUAAAUUCCUAAGAAUUCAGAAUCUUUCUUACUCAUUUAGAAUGCACUUUGUGUCUCUGACCUCUAUAUAUUCCUGCAUUUUAAGAGUAGAUUCAGGGAAUUCCCUGGUGGCUCAGUGGUUAAGACUACGAGCUCCCAAUGCAGGGGGCCCAGGUUUGAUCCCUGGUCAGGGAACUAGAUCCCAUGUGAAUGUUACAACGAAAAAAGAGUUCCUGUGCCUCAACUAAGGAGCCCGUGAGCCGCAACUAAGGCCAAGCACAACCAAAUUAAUUACUUAAUUAAAAAAGAUAAAACUUAAAAAAAGUAGAUUCAGUAUAAACUAUAACAGUGGUUGUAGUUAAUAAAAAGAACUCAAGUUAUUACAAUUCUGACAUAUGUGACUAUAAAAUUUUAAAUCGGGAAGCAGUGAAAUGUAAUAUUUUUUGUUCAGCAAGUGCAAAUUUAGUUCACAUGUCAAUGGCUUUAUUGGAUUUGCAUAAUUAACAUGAAGUUUAUUAUUUAUUCAUCAUUUUAAAUCUAAAGAAUGAAUCAAGAAAAUAAAAUAUUCCAUGAAUGGUAUAAUUUAGUAGUUCUGUUUCUUUUGCAGUUUUGUUAAAGUUUAUUAGUUACUUGACAGUUGUUCACAUACAUAAUUAUUAUAUCAGACUCACCAAAGGAUCAAAGUUAUUGUUUUAGUUUAUGAUUAUUAUUGAAUUUUUUUUCCCCAUAUCCCCUUAUUCCCUCCCUCCCUUGAUUCCCCCCCACCCUCCCCAUCCCAGUCCUCUAAGGCAUCAUCCAUCCUCGAGUUGAACUCCCCUUGUUAUACAGCAACUUCCCACUGGCUAUCUGUUUUACAGCUGGUAGUAUAUAUAUGUCUAUUCUACUCUCUCACUUCGUCUCAACUUCCCCUUCACCCCCCACCCCCCCAAACCUCGAGUUCUCCAGUCCAUUCUCUGCAUCUGCAUCCUUGUUCUUGUCUUGUCACUGAGUUCAUCAGUACCAUUUUUAGAUUCCCUAUACAUGAGUUUGCAUACAAUAUUUGU